AUGCGCGUCAUCUUCGACCUCUUCGACAGCGACGGCGGCGGGACCAUCGGCCGCGAGGAGGUGCCGGAGAUGAUCCGGACGCUGCUCUUCGAGGUGCCCAGCGAGGAGCAGGUCGACCAGCUCAUCGCGAAGUUCGACGACUCGGGCGACGGCGAGCUCGACUUCGAGGAGUUUAGCAACAUGAUG